AUGAAGCAGCUGUGCGUGUGCUCGGCCGCCUCCUCCGCGAGCCAGGAGUGGGGCAAAAGUGAUGAGCGGCUGCUGCAGGCCGUGGACAGCAACGACGCUGCCCGGGUGGCCGCCCUCAUCACCCGCAAGGGACUGGUGCCCACGAAGCUGGACCCCGAGGGCAAGUCCGCAUUCCACCUGGCUGCCAUGAGGGGUGCGGCCAGCUGCCUGGAGGUGAUGCUGGCACACGGCGCCAACGUCAUGAGCACGGAUGGGGCAGGUUACAAUGCCCUCCACCUGGCCGCCAAGUAUGGGCACCCACAGUGCUUGAAGCAGCUGCUACAGGCGUCCUGCGUGGUGGAUGUUGUGGACAGCAGUGGGUGGACGGCCCUGCAUCAUGCAGCUGCGGGCGGCUGCAUCUCCUGCUCGGAAACGCUUUGCUCCUUCAAGGCACAACUGAAUCCCCGAGAUCGGUCAGGCACAACGCCCCUUAUCAUAGCAGCGCAGAUGUGUCACACAGAUUUGUGCCGCCUCCUCCUGCAGCAGGGGGCCACUGCAAAUGACCAGGACCUGCAGGGCAGGACAGCCCUGAUGAUGGCCUGUGAGGGCGCCAGCCCCGAAACGGUGGAGGUGCUGCUGCAGGGCGGGGCCCAGCCGGGCAUCACCGAUGCCCUGGGCCAGGACGCCGCUCACUACGGAGCCCUGGCAGGAGACAAGCUCAUCCUACACCUCCUGCAGGAAGCUGCGCAGCGCCCCUCACCACUCAGUGAGGAUGACUCAGGCGAGGCAUCAUCUCAGAACUCUGUGUCCAGCCAUGAGAAGCGAGGGGCUCCCAAGAAGCGGAAGGCACCUCAGCCCCCCGCCAGCAUCCCUGUGCCGGAUGAUCGAGACGCCUAUGAGGAGAUCGUGCGGCUGCGACAGGAGAGGGGCCGCCUGCUGCAGAAGAUCCGGGGCCUGGAGCAGCACCAGGAACGGAGGAAGCAGGAGCUGCCAGAGGCCGAGGCCAGCUCCCUCCACAGCCUGGAGAGACAGGUGCAGGAGCUGCAGCAGCUGCUGGCUGAGAAGCAGGAGGAGAAGGAGAGCCUGGGACGGGAGGUGGAGAGUCUGCAGAGCCGCCUGUCGCUGCUGGAGAAUGAGAGGGAGAACACCAGCUAUGAUGUGGCCACCCUGCAGGAUGAAGAGGGUGAACUGUCUGAUUUUCCAGGGGCCGAGGCUCUGCUCUGCAAACGGCUAAGCCCCUCAGCCCAGGAGCUCUUGGCCUCACUGCAGGAACAGGUGGCUGCGCUCACCAGACAAAACCAGGAGCUGAUGGAGAAGGUCCAGAUCCUGGAGAGCUUCGAGAAGGAUGAGAUGGAGGUGAAUGGGUCAGCCGAGGUCAUCCCUCUGGCGCUCUAUGACUCUCUCCGGGCUGAGUUUGACCAGCUCCGCAAGCAGCAUGCCGAGGCCCUGCGGGCACUGGAGCAACUGGAAGCCCGGGGGGCCCCUGGAGAAGAGGAGGCAGCCGCUGGGGAGGGCCGGGGCAUGGGACUCAAGACCACCAGGAAUGGGCCGAUGGAGAUGGAGCUUGAUGGCCUCACGGCUGCAGGAUCCAAAGUUCACGGAGCUGAGACCACAGAGGAGGAGGCUGCAGGAGUUGAAACUGUGCAGACAGCAUCUGUGGAGGCCGAGGCCACGGAAACAAAAUCGACGGGGGCGGAGGCCACAGAAACGAAAUCCACGGGGGCCGAGGCCACAGAAACAAAAUCCACGGGGGCCGAGGCCACAGAAACUGAGGCUCUGGAAGAGGGAGGAAAUCCAGAAACAAAGGCCACAGGAGCAGAGGCCACAAAGCCCAAAGCAGAGGAACCAGAAGUGAAGGGCAACGGAGUGGGUGCUGGGGAGGCCAAGCCUACGGACCCAGAGACCGCGCCGGUGGAGGCCACCCCGGGCCCAGCCCUCUACCCUGGAGCCGCGGAGGCCUCAGAACAGCUGCAGGCAGAGCUGGAGACCAGGAUUCGUGCCUUGGAGGAGGCGCUCCGGCAGCGGGAGCGGGAGGCGGCCGCCGAGCUGGAGGCAGCCCACGGCAAGUGCCAGGCCGCAGAGGCCGAGGCCGGCCGGCUCCGGGAGCGGGUGCGCGAGGCCGAGGGCGGCGGCGCCGCGGGGGGCAGCGGCGGGGACGUGGUCCAGCUGCGAGCCGCCCUGGAGCAGGCCCGGGAGGACCUCCGAGUCCGGGACGCGCGCCUCCGGGAGCUGGAGGCCGCCUCGGCCUGGCUGGACGAGGCCCGGGCUGGCCGGCUGCUGGCCGAGGAGGAGGCCCGGGGCCUGCGGGCGGAGCUGGCCCGACGGGACGAGGUGCGGCUGGAGCAGAGCCGGGAGCUGGAGGCGCUCCGGGGGCAGCUGGCCACUGCCACGGCCACCGGGGAGCAGCAGCGGGCAGCGGUGGCCCAGCUGGGCCUGGCCCGGGAUGCGGCUGAGGCCCGAGCCGCCGAGCUGGCCGCGGCCUGCGAGGAGGCCCGGCGGGGCCUGGCGGAGCUGCGCGAGGCUUCCGAGGCCCUGCGCCAGUCGGCGGUGCCGGCGUCCGAGCAUCACCGGCUGCAGGAGGAGGCCCUGGAGCUGCGGGGCCGGGCGGCCAGCCUGGAGCAGGAGGUGGUGGCCACCGGCAAGGAGGCCGCCCGGCUGCGGGCCGAGCUGGAGCGGGAGCGUGUGGGGAGCGUGGCCCGCUUGGAGCACGAGCGCGUGGUGGGCGCAUUGCAGGCGGACGUGGCCCGGCUGGAGGGGCAGCUGGAGGACCUGGGACGACGGCAUGAGAAGACCAGUGCCGAGGUCUUCCAGGUCCAGAGGGAGGCGUUGUUCAUGAAGAGUGAGCGGCACGCGGCUGAGGCCCAGCUGGCCACAGCAGAGCAACAGCUGCGGGGACUCCGUACUGAGGCCGAGCGGGCACGCCAGGCCCAGAGCCGCGCCCAGGAGGCCCUGGACAUGGCCAAGGAGAAGGACAAGAAGAUCACAGAGCUCUCCAAGGAAGUCUUCAGUCUUAAGGAGGCAUUGAAGGACCAGCCAGUGGCCCUGGGCCCCCCCGAAGUAGAGACCCUCCGUGGCCAGGUCAAAGCCCUGCAGGAGCAGCUGAAGCAGGCUGCCAGGGACCACAGUGCCGUGGUGGCUUUGUAUAGGAGCCACCUCCUGUAUGCCAUCCAGGGUCAGAUGGAUGAAGAUGUGCAGCGGAUUCUGAGCCAGAUCCUCCAGAUGCAGAGACUCCAAGCUCAGGGCCGCUGAGCAUCCGAGCACUGACCCCCCGGCCCCCAGGCUCCGCGAGGGGGUCCAGGCUCACGCGCUGACCUACUAAGCUUGGACAGCGGCCUGGGCCCUCUGGGCUGUUCUUAGCUGUGUCCGCUGCCCCACUGAUGCCCCGCAUGCCCUGGUGGUGCCCCUGCCCCACCCAAGGAUCUGUG